AAUAAAUAUAUAUAAAUAUAUAUAUAUAACUGUUACAUGUCUCGCACGCAAGUUAGCUCACCUCCUCUGCUGUUUGAUGGGAUGAUCAAAUUAAAAAUACACAACUGUCACUACGACCGGUAACCAGGCAGAUCCAGGGUCACUCUCUUAGCAACUGUCAACGUUGUUGUUGAGUACACACGUAUAGCUAACUACCGCUGGCUCUCUCCGAGGAUCACUGAUGUUUUCUAAGCUGACUUAAGGCCAAUGCCUGUCUACAGCAACUGGCUACCGUCUCAGCUAAUGUUAGCCAGACAGAGACAGAGUUGACUUACUGUCGAGCAACGUGUCAACACAGCAGAUACUUCCUAUCACAGCGCUGGGCACGAUUAACCAAACACCGUCAACCAUUUUAUUUAACCGAGCAUCUUAGCGUUUAGGACAAGUCUCGAGGCUAAUAAUUAGCAAGCUAAUGCUAGCUUAGCUUAAAAAGGGGGACAGCGAGUGUUUCUUCAGAGACCGUUCACUCGCAAACAACAAGCGGACACAAAUAAACACCUGGCUGUUAGCUACACUAGCUAUUGUUACUGGUAUUAGUUCAGAUACCUUAGCAACCCGAUGGACAAUAAGCCACUGACCUUAUCGAUACGGAAUUAGCGUGGUGCGGGGCAGUCACGUAGCUGACGUUGCUUUUCAGUUGUCAUGGUUACAAUUCUGCGUCCAAAAUGGCGUCCUUGCUCGGGAAGCAUCUAUUUGAAAUCAGCGCUCAGGGCCCACCUCCUCCAAAAGAUUACUUCCAACUUGUUAUCACCAAAAAUGAGGUAAUAUGGAGGUCAUGGAAGAUUUCUGUGCGACUUGAAGCCCGGGGCGCUGCACCAAAAGAGCUGAAGACAUCCCAUCAAGAUUUCCUACAUAACAAAUCACUUAAGUACGAUGUUGAUGCUGUUUUUGGGCAGAGAAUCCUGGAUCACACAAUAUUACUUUGUGAAGGAAAGUUUGAUUACCUGGAGCGCUUACCGGAUGACAUAUUGAUCAGGAUCAUGUCCUACCUACAGCUGAAAGAUACAACACUGAUGGCACAGGUUUCACAUAGAUUCAGAAAGCUCUGCAAUUCUGAGAAGUUUUGGGAGGACACUGUGAGGAAUCGCUGUGCUGAGUUUACCAGUGACAUGGAGGGCAUAGCAAAUGCCAUGGGCUGGAAGAAGCUCUUUUUUACCUUUUUCCACAGUAGUGGCAGAAAGGAGCAGCAGUGAAGCAACUGAACAGUUUUCUUACUGUUCUGAAACAACUGAAAAACAAAUGCAAUGACAGUGGAUGAAUAUCAGGAUUCAUUUUACUUUGUGAAACGAGAGCCAGUUUUCAGUGAGGUUUAGUGAGUGUUCUUGAGUUUUAACUUUAGUGUUGAGAUAUGUGAUCUACAAAAAAAUGUAAAUCCCAUUGGUUUAAAAGUUCCAAAUAUUCUUCAAAACAAAUCAGUAUUUUUAUGUGUUGCUAAUUCCUUCCUUACACUUUGGGUGGCAACAAUUACCACCAGUAUUCAAAGAGAGAUGCCGGUACUUACGAGUUAUGUAUGUUGUUGUUGCAAAGAGUAUACGUUGUGUAAUAUUCCUGAUAUAUUAAAUUAGCAUACUGUACAAUA